AUGAUGGCCCAGCCUAGCCUCCUCCUCCUCGCCGCAGCGGUGGUCCUCUCGCUGUCACUCUGCGACGCACACAACAAGCUCGCCAAGAAGAGCGAUGAUGUUGUCAACGGGCCCCUCCUCACCUCUAAGCUCAACGCCAAGCGCACGCUGAUCGUCGGCCCCAAUGACGAGUUCAAGACCAUCCAGUCCGCCAUCGAUGCGGUGCCGAACGGCAACUCUGAGUGGGUUGUCGUCCACCUCCGCGCCGGUGUCUACGCGGAGAAAGUCGUGAUUCCAGAGACGAAGCCGUUCAUCUUCGUGAGGGGAAACGGCAAGGGCCGGACGUCCAUCUCCUACGAGUCCGCCUCCCCGCACAAUACCGAGUCUGCCACGUUCGCCGUGCACGCAGACAAUGUCAUCGUCUUUGGCAUUAGCUUCAGGAACGCGGCGCGCGCGGGGCUGCCGAACAACCCGGAAAUCCGCACGGUGGCCACCAUGGUCAGUGGCGAUAAGGUGGCCUUCUACCAUUGCGCCUUCUACAGUCCCCACCACACCCUCUUCGAUAGUACUGGCCGCCACUACUACGAGAGCUGCUACAUCCAGGGCAACAUUGACUUCAUCUUUGGCGGCGGCCAGUCCAUAUUCCAGUGCGCGGAGAUCUUCGUGUACCUGGGCCGUGCCAAUGAGGCCUACUCGCGCGUCAUCUUCGCCGACACCUACCUCUCCAAGACUGUCAACCCUGCCGGCUGGACCAACUACAACUUCUCUGGCAGCACCGAACACGUGAUGCUAGGGGAGUUCAACUGCACGGGGCCGGGGGCCGACAGAUCGCAGCGUGUGCCAUGGUCGCGACAGUUAGACCAGGCGGAGGCAGCCAAGUUCCUCACCGUCGACUUCAUCAACGGCAAGGAUUGGCUCCCAGCGUUCUACUACUGA